AGGAUACCGACCCUCGUGGCGGCCCUGCGAAGCGAGUGUGAUCGCCCCAUUUUUCUGAGUAGGAAACGAAAGUUUAGAGACAAGGUCCCAGGUCCGUCCGGUAGGAAGGGCCGUUUUCCUUUCCCUCCGCCAGCGGGUGGUGCGAGGGACUGGGCGAGGCAGCGCCUUCCUAAAGAAGUGACCCGCAACCCCGCCCCUCCCGCCCCGGCUCCGCCCCGCCCGCCGCGGCUCCGCCCCACUGCCCGGACCGGGUCGGCGAGGCCUCGCAGCCCGAAGCCCGAGGGGACUUCGUGAUUGGGCGGGGCUGAAGAUCUGGGUGGGACUUUCCACCAGCGGAGGACGGCUGGUGGGCGUGGCCAUGUGAGGGCGUGAUCUGCUUCCCCGCCCCCUCCCGCGCCCUCAAAACGGAGGGCGGCUGCGGGGGCGGGGUCAGAUCGCUGGCGGCGGAUCUCAACGCGGCUCCCUGGAGCCUGACAGCGAGCAGCGCCCCGGCGGGGCCAAGCAGAAGCCGGCAUCAUGGAUUCCUUCAAGGUAGUGCUGGAGGGACCAGCACCUUGGGGCUUCCGGCUGCAAGGGGGCAAGGACUUCAAUAUGCCCCUCUCCAUUUCCCGGCUCACUCCUGGAGGCAAAGCAGCACAGGCUGGAGUGGCCGUUGGUGACUGGGUGCUGAGCAUCGAUGGCGAGAAUGCAGGGAGCCUCACACACAUCGAAGCUCAGAACAAGAUCCGGGCCUGUGGGGAACGCCUCAGCCUGGGCCUCAGCAGGGCCCAACCGGUUCAGAGCAAACCCCAGAAGGCCCCGGCCCCUGCCGCGGACCCCCCGCGGUACACCUUUGCACCCAGCGUCUCCCUCAACAAGACGGCCCGGCCCUUCGGGGCGCCCCCGCCCGCUGACAACGCCCCGCAGCAGAAUGGGUGCAGACCCCUGACAAGUCAACAGCCGCUCCGACCGCUGGUCCCAGAUGCCAGCAAGCAGCGGCUGAUGGAGAACACCGAGGACUGGCGGCCACGGCCUGGGACAGGCCAGUCGCGUUCCUUCCGCAUCCUUGCCCACCUCACAGGCACCGAGUUCAUGCAAGACCCGGAUGAGGAGCACCUGAAGAAAUCAAGGCAUCUCACAUGGGACCAGCAGGACCCAGGUUGGGGGGUAGGGCCAUGCCAGGACCCUCAGCCAGGCAGAGCCUUGAAUGGUAGAUCUUACAGCCAGGUGCCCAGGACAGAAGCCCCAGCCCCAGCCUCAUCUUCACCCCAGGAGCCCUGGCCUGCAGGCCCUACCACCCCCAGCCCCACCAGCCGCCCACCCUGGGCCGUGGACCCUGCAUUUGCGGAGCGCUAUGCCCCGGACAAAACGAGCACAGUGCUGACCCGGCACAGCCAGCCGGCCACGCCCACCCCACUGCAGAACCGCACCUCCAUCGUGCAGGCGGCCGCGGGAGCGGGCCCAGGAGGGGGUGGCAACAACAGCAAGACUCCUGUGUGUCACCAGUGCCACAAGGUCAUCCGGGGCCGCUACCUGGUGGCGCUGGGUCAUGCAUACCACCCCGAGGAGUUUGUGUGUAGCCAGUGUGGGAAGGUCCUGGAAGAGGGGGGCUUCUUCGAGGAGAAGGGCUCCAUCUUCUGCCCACCGUGCUAUGACGUGCGCUACGCACCCAGCUGCGCCAAGUGCAAGAAGAAGAUUACAGGCGAGAUCAUGCAUGCCCUGAAGAUGACCUGGCAUGUCCACUGCUUCACCUGCGCCGCCUGCAAGACGCCCAUCCGGAACAGGGCCUUCUACAUGGAGGAGGGCGCGCCCUACUGCGAGCGAGACUAUGAGAAGAUGUUUGGCACGAAAUGUCGUGGCUGUGACUUCAAGAUCGACGCCGGGGACCGCUUCCUGGAGGCGCUGGGCUUCAGCUGGCAUGACACGUGCUUUGUCUGUGCGAUAUGUCAGAUUAACCUUGAAGGAAAGACCUUCUACUCCAAGAAGGACAAGCCCCUCUGCAAGAGCCACGCCUUCUCCCAUGUAUGAGCCCCUUCUGCCCAUGGCUGCCAUGGCUGCCCCUAGCCUGAGGGGCCUGGAGUCAUGGCCUGGCAUUUCUGGGUAGGGCCAGCAACGGUUGCCUUAACCCUGGCUCCUGGCCCGAGCCUGGGGUUCCUUGGGCCCUGCCUCACCCCCCUUAUCCUUCCAUCCCACUCCCUUCACCACCACAGCACACUGGUGCUGGCCACACUGGCCCCCUUUCACCUCCAGUGCCACAAUAAACCUGUGCUCAGCUGUG